CACGUGGUGGCGCUGACUUCCAUCAUGGAGUCCCAAAAUAUUUCUCAGCACGAUAACGCAAUUUUAAAUACCAUUUUCAACCCUAAUUUGCCAAUAACAGAAGAUCUUCUUGAACCUGUUGCGGAGGUAACGGAGUAUGAACCAGAAAGUGCAGAAAUCAAAGAAUCCAAGAGACUAGAAUUAGAAGGCGUACAAGCUGCAGAAAAAGGAGACAUCCAAACAGCUCUACAUUUCUUCUGCCAGGCUAUUGAAGUGUCUCCAGAAAGAGCAUCAUGCUACAACAACCGAGCUCAGGCGCUCAGAUUGCAGGGAGUCACCCAAGGGGCAUUGAGUGAUCUGAAUAAAGCUAUUGAGCUAAGUGAGGGGAAAGGCAAAGUUGCAUGUCAGUCGUUUACACAGAGAGGACUGAUUGAGAGAUUAGAAGGUCACAAUGAAAAAGCAUUGAAUGAUUUCAAAAUAGCCGCCAAUUUGGGCGGAAGUUUUGCCAAACAGCAAGUCAUCGCUAUGAAUCCUUACGCAGCAAUGUGCAACCAGAUGCUGGGCGAGGUCUUCAGUCGAAUGCGAGCUGGAGAGAAUAUCGAGGAUUAGGACGGGUGUCUUGUAAAUUGAGGGAAGAAAGACUUUAGACAGUAUUGGUGUGUGUUAAGUACCUUCCAAAUUUUUUGUAUCUGAUCUGUGCUUUUAAUUUUACUGUAGUGUACUGUGAGGGUAAUUCAGUUAUGUGUAAACCGAAAGAGAAUAGAAUAGCUGCAUACCUGGAACCCUAACUUGGUGCGUGAUGGAUACGUCCUCACUGGAUGCUGAGGAUAGAUGCGCUGUCAAUUUCUAUGAAACUUAAAAAGGGUUUCUGAAUGUAUUAUGUUUUUAUAUGGCAAGGGCAUAACUUCAUCAGUUCGAAGUUAAUGAAAAUUGCAUGCGAGGUGUACACACAUAUUCACUCAGCAGGACCUUUUUAUCAGUUUCUGGCAACAGGUAACCUAUUUAAAAGAAAAGAGCUUCAUGAAUAUAUACAUGUAUGCCCAUGGCACAUUACGGUUGAUGUACCCUUUUGCCUAGGAAUAUAAAGAAUGAAAAAACUCAUUCUUUUGCAAGGCCCUAACGUCACAAGUCCACCAGAUCACUAGAGAACAGUCUGUUGAUACGCUGCCAAAAGUAGGCUUAUUUUUGGUAACAUAUGACUUUCAGUAAUCUAUUGGUCACCGAAUUCCAAUACGGCAUGCACUACUGCGCAACAUUCCAACGAUAUUGAGCCAAUGGACAGUCUUCCAAUUUUAUGCAUUUUCCAUGGUAAAUCUAGUAAUGUAUUCACCGGUGUAUUCUUUUUUGAGUGCAGUUUAAUUUUGUUUGAUUUGAAUAAAUAUUUAAGUAUGGUUAAUGAAUUGCUUGUUUUUUCUGUCGAUUUGAGUUCUGGAUUGGUUUAUAGGACCAACAAUUUUAAGUCCCUUAGUUAGUUCUUACCAAAAUAAUGAGGGCACCUCUUUGGUAAUCAUCUUAUCAUCAUGGUGUCUGCUCCCCUGGUAUUUACACACUCAAUCGCACAGCUGGUUGGGGUUAUAAUACAAUCGUUCAUCCAUAACUAAUCAAUUGGUUCAUAAUCUGAUGUCAUGAAUUGCAACUACACACACCAAAGAAUAAUUUUCUGUGACACUGUUGUAGCACACUUCAUUGAAUGUGAGUAUCAUUCAGUGUGCCAUAUAUCCACUGUUUCAGUGGUUGAGUCAUGAUACAGCAAACCAUGUGGCCCAGGUUACAUUCUGCCAAACAACGUGAGCAAUUCCAGCUAUUCACUGCCACCCACGUUGGAGGUCAUUGAUCGAGUGGCUCAUAUCCCCCUCCAAUGUUCAAAUUUUAUUUUUUAUUUUCAUCAUUAUCUUUCAAAUUAACCAGAGAUCUCUAAUAAAUGUUUCCUAAUGCUAGUGUGAUGGAUGAAUCCAUUAGUGGAUGAGGGAUUAUAUUGGUGCAUUUGAAAAUAUGGUUCAAACUGUCAGAAAGAGCACCUUGUAAAUGCUAGAGAUCAAUGUUCUUAUUUGAGUUGUUGCCUAUUCUAACCCUUUGGUCACAAAGUAGUACAGUGUAUGCAGCAUGAUAGAGAGAGAGAUAGAGAGCAUCAUUCUGGCAUGUCUAAUGAAGAGAACCCAUUCUACAUACACUCUACCUAAUCUGUGGCUUUAGGGAAACAUGCAAACACCUCCCUAUGAUGAGAUCUCAUUCUCAACAGGCUAGCCUCGGGCUUAUUGUAAGUGCUUCUCAUGGAGAAUGACAAGGAAAUCAGAUCGGGGUACACAACGGUAUAUCACGAAGAAAGCUCUAGUUAACCCAUCGGUGUUGAUAAGAGAUUUGUAAGCAGAGAGUGGGGUCAAACUUGGACGGCAGUAGAAAUUAGAACGGCUCCAUACAUGUCAUGUAGUUUCUGUUCUGGCUGAAAAUAUGCUUUAUAAAACACAAAUAUGAUUUGAACCGAAACCCUUUGAGCUGGUAUAACAUUCUCAAAACCUCCCACCCCUUUUGCUGGAAUAUUUUUCAUCCCCUUACAUUGCUGAUGUUAGCAGACCGCAGAAACGCACCAUUAUUAUCAAUGUAAGGCUUCAUCAACUCUGAUCAGCCUCUAUACACCUGCUAUUAGCGAUGCACCAUCUCAGCACACCAUCUCGCUCAGACUCUCAUCCAUCGGGGAUAAUUGAGGUCAGGGUGAUGGGAAGGCAGCUGUGUAUGCUCCACUCGGGUGUAAGACUAAGAGACUUUCCAGUCUCAUUGAAACUUAAAAGUGUGCUCCAGUCAGAUAACAAUUUAUUGUGUGGCUAAAACUGCUCUCUGCCCUUCAUCCAUCAAAAAGAGAAAAUACCCUUCCCUUUUUAAUCCUGGCAAAGCACUACCUGGGCUGCUAGUUCUGGGAAUUUUGUCAGGAUGGGGUUGUAUCUUUUUUUUAAAAAACUGAGCUGUCCCCAGUCACAGCAAUAUUUGGUUGUCUUGGGAAAGUGGUAAUGCGGUGCACAUUUCCACAAGGGCAAGUAGAAAAUUUAACACAUCUGUGCUCUUUCCGAGAUCCUGAUUUAUAUUGCUUCUAGUUCUAUGGCAUUGUAUGGUGAUGAUAACUUGAAGUGAAUACGAUUGCCAUCUGCAAAGUGAAAAAGAUGUUGAAAAAAAGAAAGAA